AUGUUAUUCGCUCAUGAUGAUGAUUCCUCUGUUCUACGGUCCUACUCUACAUUCAAUAAAUUAUUUCUCGAGUCAGCUACAUUUGAUUUCAGUAAUAAGAUAUCUUCGUUUGUUUCAAGUGCCUUCGACGCUCUCUUCGCCGAGCUCAUGGUGGGAAAGAACCUUAUGGCUUCUUCGUUUAUUAAUGCUUCUGCCACCGCCACAGCCAAACCAGCCACCGCACCCGCGCCGCAAACGCAGAAGAAGGAGAACGCUACUUUCGUGCAGAAGACUCCGAGGUUUGCUCUGGAGCUUGACGGUCUUCACUGCUUCGAGACGAUAGUCCGUUCUUGA